GUACAAACCUUAAAGCGGUUUGCAAAGGCUUUAAGCCUUGAACGAUUUCUCGUCGUUUACCUACCAACCCUCUCCUUCCACCAUUACUCGCCUGUCACUUUCCUCCAUUUGCGAUUCUUGGAUCCAAUCACUCCGGCGGUGUCGACACCAUGGCCGCCCAGCUCCGCUUCUCCCCGCUCCACUACUCCGCCGCAUCCUUUGCCGGAAACCGCCGUCCCUUUGCCGGAAACCUUCUCAAGACAUCGAUCGUUCUCCCGACGACCUCUCCUCUAUCCUCCUCUGCCUCUCUCUCGUUCCUUCUCAGAUCAUCAAAUCCCAAGCUCUCCCAGGCUUUCACCGCUGGUGGCGGUGGCAUCGGAGGGUCCGGACACCGAGGAUCUGGUGGCGGAGGAGACGAGAACGAUGGACACUCCGGUGACAACCGGGAGCGAUCUGAUCUGGUGGGUCCGAUCGGGCUUUUUGUCAAUGGAUGGAGAGCUAGGGUUUUGGCUGACCCUCAGUUUCCCUUCAAGGUUCUUAUGGAGGAAGUCGUUGGCGUCACCGCUUGCGUCCUUGGCGACAUGGCCUCACGCACUAACUUCGGCCUCAACGAGCUUGAUUUCGUUUUCUGCACGCUUGUUGUCGGCUCCAUCGUUAACUUCGUCCUCAUGUACCUUCUUGCCCCUACCACCGCUGUCUCAUCUGCCGCCGCCGCCUCUCUUCCGAGCUACAUGUUCGAGCCAGGGCCUUUCUCGCUCCUUGACCGGAUUGGAACAUUUGCUUAUAAGGGCGCUACGUUUGCGGCAGUUGGCUUUGCCGCCGGACUUGCUGGUACGGCGAUCUCUAAUGGGCUGAUUUCACUGAGGAAGAAAAUGGAUCCGGAGUUCGAGACGCCUAACAAGGCCCCACCGACGGUUCUUAACGCGAUCACUUGGGCGCUGCAUAUGGGAUUGAGUAGCAACAUUAGGUACCAAACACUGAACGGUGUGGAGUUUGUGAUGGAGAAAGCGCUGCCACCGGUGGGUUUCAAGGCGUCGGUGGUGGCGCUCCGUUGCUUGAACAAUGUAGUGGGUGGCAUGUCUUUUGUAAUGUUAGCCAGACUAACAGGGUCGCAGAAGGUAGGAGCUGAGGAAGCCAAGGAGAACUUGAUUACUGAUGGAUCGACGGUCGUAGAGUCUGGAGAAGAGGAGUUGCAGAGGAGCGACUCUCAUUGCAAGUAAGUGUUAAGUUGUUUUGUUUGGCUGAAUCUAAUGUAAAUGAAGAAAACUGAUGUGAUAUUUUGUUUUCUCGCUGGGAAGUGGGGGAAAAAGGAAAGAGGAUUGAAUGUGUUCUUUUGGAAGUAUUUUAUGUUUUCUUUAUUUGCACUUGUAAUAAUGAGCAGGUUUUGGCUCCCAUUUUUCUUCUCUGCUUUGCUUUGACUCGGUGAAUCUACUCCUUUAUGAACCUAUAUUGAUAUAAAUAUUAAUGUUAUGUUGGUAAGAAUAAUUUUAUACA